AUGUCUGCUCCACAAGGACCCCCGCCUCCUCAAGUGCCUCCUGGAUGGAUGGCCAAAUUUGAUUCUCGUUAUAAUACCUAUUACUACGUAAACCAACAAACAGGUGCUUCACAAUGGGAAAAGCCUUCAGGCUUCCCAGGAAGUGCCGGGGACAACGAGUUCAAUAGACCACCUCCCCCUCCUCCCCCUCCGCCAUAUGGCUCUGGUGGAGAUCCAAGAGGUUAUAACCAGGGAGGAUACAAUCAAGGUGGUUAUAAUCAAGGUGGUUAUAAUCAAGGUGGUCAAGGUGGUUAUAAUCAAAGUGGUCAAGGUGGUCAAGGUGGUUACAAUCAAGGUGGUUACAAUCAAGGUGGUCAAGGUGGUUACAAUCAAAGUGGUUACAAUCAAGGGUAUAACCAAGGCGGUCCUAAUAGAGGCUACGGCGGCGGCAAUGGUGGCUAUAACCAACCUCCACCAUCGCAAUACCAACAACAAUACUACCCUCCUCAACAGCAACAGCAACCCGUUAUUGUCCAGCAAGCUGCUCCGACCCAGAAAAAGAGCCGCUUUGGUGGUGCAGGUGGUAUGAUGCUGGGUGCAGGUGCCGGUCUUCUGGGCGGUGCCUUACUUGGCCACGCAUUUUCCGAUGGCAAUGACACUACAGUAGUCAACAAUUACUAUGAUGACGGUCCUGGUGAUGGUGGUUUUGAUGAUGGUGGUUUUGAUGAUGGUGGAUUUUAA